UGAAUUUGUAGUUUAACGUUCAGAACUUUAGCAACUUUGUAUGGUACGCAGCACAUGUUUCUUCAACUUGUUGGGUCCCACACAGAGCUUCUUCCUUUGUCCUUUUGCCUCUCAGAUCUCAACCAACCCAUUCAUAUAUACCCCAUUGAAGAUCUGCUUACACUUACAUACUCCCCUCCCAGGUUUUUGUGCAUUACAGUAAGCUAUAAUGGCUGCCCGGAAACCUGGUUUAAUUGCUUUGUUUGAUGUUGAUGGGACUCUUACAGCACCCAGGAAGGUUGCUACUGCAGAGAUGUUGGCGUUUAUGCAAGAAUUACGCAAGGUUGUAACAGUUGGAGUUGUUGGGGGUUCUGACCUGACAAAGAUAUCAGAGCAACUUGGCAAUACAGUUACCAAUGAUUAUGAUUUUGUAUUUUCGGAGAAUGGUCUUGUGGCUCAUAAGGAAGGAAAGCUCAUGGGAACUCAGAGCUUGAAGUCAUUCCUUGGGGAAGAAAAGCUCAAGGAAUUCAUUAAUUUUACACUUCAUUAUAUUGCUGACUUGGAUAUCCCUAUUAAGAGGGGGACAUUUUUAGAGUUUCGUAGUGGGAUGUUGAAUGUGUCACCAAUUGGGAGAAACUGUAGCCAAGAAGAAAGAGAUGAAUUUGAGAAGUAUGACAAGGUUCACAAUAUACGCCCAAAAAUGGUUUCUGUACUUCGUGAGAAGUUUGCUCAUCUUAACUUGACGUUUUCCAUUGGAGGGCAGAUAAGCUUUGAUGUUUUCCCUCAAGGUUGGGACAAAACAUACUGCCUGAGAUACCUUGAUGGUUUCAAUGAAAUCCAUUUCUUUGGUGAUAAAACUUACAAGGGUGGAAAUGACCAUGAAAUCUAUGAAUCUGAAAGGACUAUCGGGCACACAGUUACAAGCCCUGAAGAUACGAUGAAGCAGUGUAAAUCUCUGUUCCUAGUAAAUUAAAAAAUCAUGCGACAACAUAAUGUUACUGAGAACUACAGAGGAAGUUACUCACUCAAAUACAUGUUUUACAGAAGACCACAGGCUGCAAACAUUAUACCAUUUUGUAUUUUUAUGAGCACUUUACAUUUUGGAUUUAAUAAUAAGCUUUUCAUUUUCGGUUA